UUUUUGGAUUAUCAUUUGUCGAACAAUGUGGUCUGGCACUUGCGUCACAUGCUAGCAUUGAAAUGGCUCUCCGAAAAAGAUCUACUGUUUUAAUUGGCUGAUUUGCUUUGAUUUCAUAGCAAAUAAUAUGUGAUGUAUUCAUAAUUUUGGCAGGUAUGCACUGUUGAACCGUAAAAUACCGAAUAGCUGAUUUCGAUAGAGACAGCAGCCGUUCAACGACAUGAUGAAGAAAAGUCUUGUUUCACUGUAAUAUUCACAAUGUCAUCCACAGAAAAUCUUUUACGAGAUUCUGGAAAGUUCACGAACGGUUUAGAAUCAGGUUAUCAGUCUGAAGGAAUAGAAAAUGGCUUGCCCCUUCAGAAACACAAAGGCAAAAAGAUCAUUAAGAAAAAAGAGUCUGGCAGAAACGUGGGCUUGGAAAACGAAGGUUUCGAGAUCGAUGCUGAGCAAACAAACACAAGCGUCAAAGACAGUACUCAAGUUCAUCAGGCAUCAAGCGAAAACAAAACACGAAAGUUGACGACAUACGAUAAAAGGCGACAUAGCUAUGCCGGGAGGACAUCUGUGUCGGAUGAUACCACAAACCCUUCGCAUGAAAGCGUUGCGCAGAAAGAAAAAGGCUCACAUACGCGACAUUCAAGCGCUGAUGAAGAUUUAAGACGAAGGGCUUGUUUCAACUCGAUGCGGCUUCGCCGGGUUUCAAGCUCGAGCCAGCUGCCUUCUGAUAAAGUCGAUGCUGGUGUAGAAGAAGUGUUUUAUCAAAAUCUUCCAAUGGCUGGAGCUGAAAACGGACAUCAAGAACUGACUUUUGGAAAAAGGCCUAAAGAUGAAGUGUUUUUGCAAAAUCCAUCAAUGGUUAGGGUUGAAAACGAGUCUCAAGAACUACCGCAUCGAGAAAGGCCUAAAUUAAGUAAGGCUGACAGUGUAAUUUCCAUGGACAGUUUAUGUAACUCAGUAGAGCUAGAAAACAGGAAGUUGAAUGAAUAUUCUAAGCGCUUGUCGUGCGCUUUGGAAGAGAGAGCUGAACUGGAACAAGAGCUGAGCAUUUUAUGUCGCAAUGCUUCGGUUGCACGCGCCACGCCAACAGAGGAAAGCGAAAGGUGGAAAAUAUCACCCGGAAUUCAUUAUCGAAAUGAAAAGUAUAACUCCGAGAGGAGAAUAAGUUCUAGAGGGAAUAUAGACACGCAAUUAUCAGUUGAACAGCUUAGGCACCUACAGCUUGAACAAAGUCGAAAACUACCAGAUGUUCCUGCGAGUGUAGCUUCUCAAAGAUACGACGAAAUCCACGAGCGAAUGGAGUCAGUUGAUAGAUUGCCUCAGCGAAAAGUGUCUGAAAAACUCCCUCAGCAACAAGAAGGGAAAACAAAAAGCCAGAGUUUUCGCCUCAGCGAUUUCGAAAAGGCAAGAAGUGAACGUAAAAUGGCUAAUUUUGCAGCAGAUCUAUGGAAAAAGCUGUUACAAGGGGAAAAAUUUCACGUCGCUGAAAAUGAAGUUGAGCGUAAGGCAACAACACCUGAUGUACCAACAAGAAACGGAUAUGAUAAGGAACUCAAGACUCGUAGUGAUUCGCUUUACGACAUGGGGUCAAUGAGCGAAGCAGAUUCCGAGGGAUAUCACAUUCCUCAUUUAGCUGAAGAAGCUAGUCUUUCAAUCUCAAGGGUAGAUUUGUCAAAGAAAAAGAACACGAAGGAAAAAUCACUAGUACGUUCAGAAUCAGCUUCAAGUUUGACGCGCACUGACGCGUUUAGAAGAAACCAGAGACGUCCAAUACGGCAAAAGCGCGUUUCAACCGCGUCUGAACCGCAGAUGAAGGAAGCAAAACCCUCCAAGUCAAUGGGGUUCAAAGAUUUGGCCAAAAGUGAGUCUCGUCAAGAAAAACCGGAAAAAUUGGAAGGAAUUCGAAGUACUGAGGCUGUUAGUCAGAAUCACAGUGCAUGGUUCGAUUACAUGCUCCCACCUGGAAAACAUAGACAAAGGCAAAUUCCACCUCCACAAAAUUUUCAGUGCAGCUCACACGAUCCAACUGCAGAUGAAAGACCUUUAUCGGUAAAACUGCGUUAUUAUCAGGAAUUAGAACGUAAGAAGUCCCAAGAAGAGAAUUCGUUUGAUUUAUCAGACGCAUUUAUGGCUGCAGAAAACUUAGAGGCAGAAAUGGAGUACCGAAGAAAAGCUGCUAGUGAAGCCGCCAUUUUAAGGCGGGAAGCGUCGCGUUUGCUUUGGCAAGCAAUGAAUUUGGAGCGCAUUUGCGAUCCAAAUGCUCGAGUGCGCCACAUUUUUACGCCAUACUGACAUGUUAGGCCGGGCUUCAGUUAAUGAAUGUUUGGAGUUUUCUUUUAUGGGAAAAAAAUAAAUUUUUUCA